UGUUGAGGGUUAGGCCCCAAAAAAAUAUAUAUUCGAAAACCAUAAUGGGUUUCCAUGCGAAUGGUCUGGCAAGGUUUGAAUUUUGGUUGUGGAUCAAAGCAUUUAUAUGCACAACAAUGUAUCGCCGCCAAUCAAUGCAUACAGAUAUUCCAAGAAAAACAGUUCCAAAAAAUCAAGGGGAGUAGUUAAAUUUGCUAUUUCCACCUGAAUUCCGGGUUGAGCAGUGAAUGGGGGAAGUAUGGGUGCUGCAGAAUUUGUGGACAGCCAAACGGGAUUUGCAAGCACAUCUGGAAGGAUACUAGGGGCUCUACGGGCCUGUGUGAGAAUUCUUGGUGGUUGCGGGACAAUACUUGUGCUCGCCACCGUACCAGAUUGUACUGCACUUAUGGGACUCGCCAUGUCACCAAGUGAUACUGCAGUGCUGGUAUGUGAAGGGCCAGGAUGUACU